AAGAAUUAUUUAGAGGGCUUCAAAAUUUGAUAGAGAGUGGAAUAAUUUCAAAGUUUAAUCACCCAUGUGGAUUCUUAUUAAUAGCUUACUGAAAGUAACUCCCUUUUUUGCGGUUUGAUCUGAAUGAACUUAACAGUUAUGAUGUUAAAAUAAAAAUUGAAAAACAAAGUGCAUUACCCUUUGUUUGAUAGGUGCUGAGGUUACAGUACAAAUUAACCAGACAAUCCUGCUAGCUUGCUCUGCAUCAAGUAAUUCAGAAAAUGUGGAACAUAUCGGUUGGUACCGCUGCCGUACUGCUGAUUGCGAAUCCAAAUGGGACAACUCCCGGAUAGCUCGUGUUGAACGAAUGAGAGAGCCAUUUGUUGAUAACACUGACUUUGACAUUUACGUAAAUGGAACAUUAGUUAUCAAGAGGGUAAAAGCUGUGGAUGAUGGAAAACUUUUUAUCUGUAAAGCCAAAAGAAACCUGACAGGGGUGGAAACGUCCACCACGAUCCUCAAAAUAGCCAAAGGUAAGCCAGUGACAACGACCACAGCAUCAGGUAGGUUCUCCCACUCUUUAACCUUUUCAGAUGACCCAAAAGGACUGAACAGGGUUCUGAGAACCCCUCAAUGCAAGCAUUGCCAGAAAUUACACCCAAGAGACACUUAUAUCCAAAGUUCCUCAGUUUCACCUUCCUCAAGAAAGGAAGAUCUGGAUUUUGAGACAGCCUUCAACAAAGUCGCCCCUCUGAUCUUUUCCUUAACUGCACUUCUAGUAAUUGCUGUUAUAAUCAUUAUUUAUCUGGUUGUGAAGAUCAAGAAGAAUAAGAGGCAUGGUUAUUCCCACAACCACUGUUGUGGAUUUGGAGGUGGCGAUGACAAUCAAGAUGCCCUAGGAGAUACCAUUGAAAUUAACCUAGGAGAUUGCCCGAAUGAAGAGGACGGAGCAGAAGAACUAUGAUGUACUUAAGAUCUAAACAUUGAUUUUUCGGAUCAGUAUCAGUAUCUAGGCAACUGCCCACCUACCCCUCCCUUAACUCAACGUUGGGUUAGGGGAGGGGUAGGUGGGCAGUUGCCCAAAUACUGAUAUUGAUCCGAUUUUUCUACUUUUCUAAAGCGGGGGUCACAAUGUGUUAAACAGAGGAUUCUCCCCAGUUUUUGCCACCUGAAUAUUGUUGGUUGUUUGCUUAAAAAAGGCUCACAAAAGGGGGGUCACAGACACUUAGGUCCCCCUCCUUCCCCCAGCUAUGCAGUUGUCUCAUCAUUAAAGUCAUUUUUUAUUUUCUUUCUUUACAUUUUUCUUUAUUAUUUUUUGUUUAAUAUUUGAAAUUUAUUUCGCUAAAAUAAGUGUAAUUAAAAGUCAGGGUAGAUGUGCAGGACAACAGCUAUUUAAAAAAAAGGUCAAGUUUUAAAGAAAAAAAAAAUCUCUAUAAAAAUGA